AUGGGUAUCAACCACUCAAAAGGAACUUUCACACCUGAAAUCGCUGAAAUUCAGAGAGAAACAGGCUUUACACUUGAACAAAUUUUUCGCCUGCAAAAAAGAUUUUCAACUUAUGAUAGAGACAAUGACAACUUCUUAAGGCGAGAUGAUUUUCUGGUCCAACCAACUUUAGCUACCAACCCACUAAGCAAUUCAAUAAUCAAUCUCAUGUUUUCAGGGGAUGACAAGCCACUUGAUCAAAUCACGUUCAAGCAGUUUACUUUAGUUCUUUCGAGAUUUCUUCCAGAAAAUACGCAAAAUUGUAGCCAUCUCAAUAGCUCAGAAGAAAAGUUGAAAUUUCUCUUCAAAUUAUUUGAUAAAGAUUGCGAUGGCUAUGUCUCUCAAGGAGAUCUUAAUUCAGUUUUGACAAUGCUUAUAGGCUCACAAGUACCGGUAGAACAGUUGGAUAAAAUAGUUGACCAGACAAUAGGUGAAGCUGACAGUGAUCAAGAUGGUAAAGUUUCCUUUUCUGAGUUUUCUAAAAUAAUGGCGAAGGUCGACAUUAAUAAAAAAAUGACGCUUCAUUUUUAA